AUGCUCAGCGUCGAGCAGCCGUCCAAGCCGUCCCUUCCAACGCCGGCGCUGUCCCGCGAGCGUCCUGUCCGACGGCGAACGGCGCCGACGUUGCGUCCAAGCAGUCCUCCGCGUUCGCCGUUCAACCACGCCCUCGUCCCUGUCCCCGUCCUCGUCCCCUUCCCCGCCUUCGCCCCCCUCUCCGCCCUCGCCCCUCUCCAAUGGCCGGUCCCCAUCUACGCAGUGUACACCUCCCCCACCCAUCCCCCCAUACCCAACCAUCUCCCGACAUUGAUUGUCACCCCGCACGGCCAGCCCUCCAACAUCCUCUACUCCUACCUGCACACCAACUUCAACUCUGAGAACUACCUCCUCACGCCCUCGCCCCAAGGCGACCUCUGCGUCGCCAAGCUCUUUCCCCCCCGGCCCAACGCCCCCAACGUCCCCGUCAAGGCCUCCGCCUCCGACCCAGGCCAUUCCGCAGCCGGCGCCCGCGUCGUCCGCUGCGAGGCCUCGCGCAACCUCAAGUGGUCCAUCACCAACACCGGCGUCAUCUCCCCCAUCUACAAACUCUCCCUCCCCUCCCCCGAUUCCCCCGAUCUCCCCCUCUUCCAGGUCUCCAAACCCAACCCCAACGCCGCCUUCUGGUCCAUGUUCUACUUCGCCUACGCCGGCCACAACAUCCCCCCGAAGCGCAUCGAGUUUGGCAAGAUUCAGAAGAACCCCCCGGGCCCCAACGGGGGCGGCACGCGCAUCACCAUCUCGGGAAAGACCCCCGAAGAGAAGGCCGUCUGGCAGACCCUCGGCGAGGGCAACGAGGACUGCGUCGAAUGGGUCGUCCUCUGCGCAGCCCUCAACCUCCUCGACGACGAGAUCAUAAAGGCAGCCGAGAAGAACCCUCCCCCGCCCGCCGCAGCGCCCAUGCCCAACGGCGCCCCGAUGCCCGGCCCGGGCCAAGGCGCGCGCGCCCCCGUCGCCCUGCGCGACCCCGGCUCCGUCCCGCCAACAGGCGGUCCCGCCAUGCAGUCGAUGCGCGGUCCCCCUCCACAGAACGGCCACCCGGGCCCAAUGGGUCCAGGACCCGGCGGUCGCCCGCCCCAAGGCUACCCUCCUCCGCAGGGCUACAUGCCCGGCCAACCGCGCCCAGGCAUGAUGCCGCCGCCUGGCGGCCCUGGUCCCGCGGGUGCCUAUCCCCCGCGCGGCCCCCCGCCACCCCAGCAGCAGCAGCAGCAGCAACCCCAGCAGCAGCAGCGGCGUUUCUGACCCGCUCGCUCUCACCCGUCCUCUCAUCACCGAGCAUCGAACUCUACACCUCACGACCGGCUGUUUCCCGUAGCCUUGCACCGCCCCAAGUCCACAUGGACCCAUUGUACACUGUUGCGUGUUUUUAAUCCCUCGCGUCGACUGUCUGUUUUCUUUUUCUGAGCACGGUAGUAGCCUCUCUCUUCCUCAUGUCCUCCAUAUGUCUCUUUCUUGGGUCCCGAGUGUUCAUGGCCACUGACCGGUGUUGGACCGCCGGUCGAGGUGCGGUGCGUCUGGCCUGGCAGCCAGCGCCAUUUCCUUUUUCGUUUUCGUUUUCUUCUUUCUUUCUUGUAUGUAACAUGCCUCGAUGGCUGUCCGCAGGCAACGUCCAUGUCGAAUUGCCAGGGUCCACGUUCAGUAGCAUAAAUACUGUUAUACCCGUAUCCGGCUGAAUAGUUGGCGCCGUCGGUGUGACCGCACACACCUCGCACGCCGAGAAAAAAGAUUAACUUCCA